AUGGAAGAGUCAUCAGUGCAUCCCCCUCGGAAGAUUCUUUUAGUGGUGACCACUGGCGGCUUCACUCAUGCUGCCCCUGUACUCGAGAUUGGUAGAGCACUCGCCAGUCGUGGACACAAAAUCGAGUUCGCUACACUAGAAGGACAGGAGCAUUGGGUCGCGAAACACGAAUACAGCUUUGUGACCGAGGUCCACUUUCUGGGGCCAAGUCCGACGAAGGAACAACUCGAUGGCCAUUACAGACGUAUGCAGCAAUGGGACAUCUCAAAAGGCAUCGGUCAGGCGAUGGAAUCGAAGUAUCUAUGGGAUUCAUGGUGGCCAAAGACUUAUCAUGGACUGAAGGCGAUCAUGAAUGACUCUACAACUCGGCCGGACAUGAUGAUUGCUGAUUUCUUCGCCGAGGCUGUUACCGACAUUCAUGUUGAGUACAAGUUGCCUAUUGCCAUGGUGACGCCGAAUAUGCCUGCUUUCAUGAUGCCUUGUUCCUACAUCCCUGGUCAGCCUGGAUUCCAGCUUGAAGGAACUACUACCUCAGAACAUGCCUCCCUCUGGUUGCGCAUUCGCAAUGAGCUAUUCUUCUUACCAGACUUGCCAGCGAUCCUCGAAAUGUUCAGACGAACGAAAAAGAUGCGCAACGAGAAUGGCGUAACUCGCCCUCCUCAUAAGCCAGUCAAGCCAGACUAUCUCGUGUUUGUCAAUUCGUUCUUCGGCCUGGAAAUUCCACGAGAUCUUCCGCCUACCUGUGCUCCUGUUGGACCUCUUUUAUCUCCCACAUAUCCGCCUCUCGAUAUUUUGUACGAGACCUUUUUCGAAUCCCACAAGAAAGUGCUGUACAUCGCUUUAGGUACACACAUUGUUCUUCAAACCAAAGACACUGUCAAAAUUGUUGAAGGCGUCUUUCGUCUCAUGGAAGAGGGGUUCAUAGAUGGUGCGAUCUGGGCCAUCGCCGAACACGGACGAAGAGACCUCAGUAGGGAUCGGACAUUCCAUCGCGAUUCAGGCUUCAGCCUUGGCCAACUGCUCGACAACAGCCACUCGCAUUUCUUGUUCUCGACCUUUGCACCUCAACGAGCGAUCCUUGACCACAAGUCGGUAGUCUUAUACUUCACACAUGGCGGCGGCUCCAGCGCCAACGAAGCACUCUACCAUGGCAUGCCCAUGAUCUCAAUGGGCUUCUUCGCGGAUCAGAUCGCCAACACCGCACGACUCGUCGAAGCUGGAGUUGCAGAGUCUCUGAACAAAUUCCGAUUCACAUCUGAUGAGCUAUAUGCCAAGGCGAAACAGAUACUCCAGGCAGGUGACAAAGGCUCAUACCAGCGUAACGUUCUACGUCUCAAGCGCAUUGCUCAUGUUGCUGCUCGCAGAAAAGAACAUGCUGCGGAUCUGGUAGAGGAGGUUUUGUAUGAUAACGAGUUGAGACUUGAUGAUAUGGGUACUUGCGAGCUGCGUCCUAUGCACCUGCAGACGGCUGAUAUGCGCAUGCCGGCUUACAAAGCCAAGAAUUGGGACCUUUAUGCUAUUGGCGUGUUGUCUAUAGUGGGCUUUGUAGGCUUGAGUGGGCUGACUGGAAGGUUGGUGUGGAGCCGACGAAAUUGGAUGAGUACAAACCUUCGAGCAACCGCCCCAGAUAGCUGGUCCUGGUUGAAAGCCUGGUUUGAAAUCCCUUAG